UUGCGCCAAGCCUACUCAUCAGGCAUAAUUGUAUAUUUCCAAAUUGCAAUUUGAGAGUAACUUAAAACGCAAAAAAUAUAUAUUCAACUUUUUAUGAAGUUUUACAUUAUUCUAGCUUAUGCAGUAGUUCGAAUACAAACGUUAACGUAUGGAUGAGAAACGAUAUAUUAAACGAAAAGAGAAGGCGCGAGGUGAAGGCAACUAUCAGCAAUUGGCCAUUUGUUGCAAUAAUUUAGGUGAUUUCUACAAUCAGCAAGGUAAAUAUCAAAAUGCCGUCAAUGAAUAUCAGCAAGAAGCUGAAAUUUACACCAAAUUGGGUAAAAAGCUGGAAAUGGCGAAAGCGAAUCGAAUGAUUGGAGAAAUGUUCAUGUUGCUUAGCGAAUUUGGCAAGGCUAAGGAGCAUAUAAACCUAUAUCUCGAUAUUGUUAAGAAAUUACACAACAAAGUGGAGGAGCAACGGGCAUACGCGACGCUCGGGCGUGCACACUUGUUGCAUGGUCAAAACGUUAUAGAGAGCUCGAAAUCUAACGCAAUGGAUCCACUGAGGCAGGCUGAACGCGCUUUUCUCAAAAGUUUACUUUUAAUUAAGGAACUUUCAGGUCAGAUUUCAAAACUGGAGCAGUUGGAUAUGCAAGCGCGCUGCUAUCUUAAUAUUGGUGUUGUGAAAGAACAUAUGGAAGAAUUCGAAGAAUCAAUUUCGUACAUGGAAAAAGCCAUUAAAAUAAGCAAAUCGCAUGAUAUAUUCGAAUUGACACACUUAUGUUACAUUUCGAUGAGUUUGCUUUAUUUCUAUAAAAAACAUGACUCGAUUUUAGCGCUACGCUUUUGCAAUUUAGCGUUGGAAGUUGCGAAACGCUUGCCGAAUAGGGUCAAGAAAAUUUGCGAAACUCUUAUUACAAAAUCGGAGAUUUUGAUUAAAGAUGCCGAUUUUGCAAGCGCUAAACAAAUCCUAACUAAGGCCUACAAAAAGAACACACCCGACGAAAACGAUCGGACCAUAAUUGAAAAAUCGCUGCGCGUAGUCGUGAAAAUUUGUCAAAUUUUAGACGAAUUGGUCACCACCAGCUCACUUGACUACACAAAGCGGAAAACUUUAUAUGAGAAACUUGGCGAUGGAUGUUGCCAACUCCAAAACUACUCUAAAGCUAUUGAGUACUACCAGCAAAUGUUGGAUUGCGCCGAAAAAAACUCUGAGCCCGCAAAAAAUUUAAUACCGAUUUAUGUCAGUCUGUAUCAGACCUACAAAGACAACAAAGAAUAUGACCAGGCGCUAAUAUAUCUGUGGAAAGAAUAUGAGCUGAAUGAAGGUGUGCCGACGGAAGCGUUUUCAACACUAUGUGCUAUUGCUGACGUGUGCGAGCUUCAGCGACAAUCAUUUUGGACCAUACAGGAUAUUUACCAAAAGGCAAAGCAGCAAGCGGCAAAAAACAGUAAUGAGAGAGAACGGAAAAAACAAGAGCGAGUGGUUUUUGUGCGGCUCAAAAGAUUGAUGCUAAAACACAAAAUGCAAAUGUUGGCAGAUGAAUUAAUAGAGGAAGCUAAAGAGAAAGGCAUAAAUUUAAAACUUGACGACGAUGGAAGCGACACUGAGUCAGAGGCGGACUCGGCAGCUUGCAACGAUGAAAACACACCCGAAUUGGGUGAUGAUGUUUGUCUCGAUGAUCUAACCGAUUCAGAUAUGAGUGAUUUAGAUGAGACAGAAAAACCACGGCCACAUCGCGCUACACGUGGAGUUCGCGCUCUUACGAUUAAGCGCAAUAAUAAAGGCGAAACACAGCUGCACCAAGCAUGUAUAGCGGGAAAUAUUGAGCUAGUUCGGCGACUUCUCGACCAAGGGCAUGUGGUCAAUGUGCGGGAUCAUGCGGGCUGGAUUCCAUUGCAUGAAGCUUGCAAUCAUGGAUUUCGUGAUAUAGUAGAACUACUACUAGAUCGCGGUUCAGCUGUUGCCAUUAACGAUAAAGGAGGUUUAAGUUGCGACGGCAUAACUCCACUUUACGAUGCCUGCUCGAAUGGGUUUCUCGAUGUAGUUGAACUGCUAUUAGAUCGUGGCGCUGAUACGGCCAUUAAAACAGAUUUUGGCGAAACAUGUUUGGUUGGCUUAGAUAGAUGGCGGCGUUCAGCAACUUUAACGGAGGGCGAACAAGCACAGUAUGAAAUGAUAAGAGCCAGACUAUUGACAACACUUUCAAAGACGGGCAUUUGUAAGAAGCCAGCGGCAGCAUUAACAAAUGCACAAGUUGAGUCUAUAUCAGAUGUGGAGUCCGAUAGCGGUGACAAAACGUUGGUAGGAGAAGAAUUACAUAGUGGCGGACGUAUACGUUCUAGUUUGAAUCGGUCUGGUGAAAGCAGAAGGGUUUCCAAGGAAUACAUCAAGAAAUCUCCACGUGACAAAUCCGCUGGCAUGGAGUAUAAAACAGUAAUGGCACAAUUGAAACACCCAAAUCGCUCAACCACACUUAACGAUGAUACUUACGAGAGUUUAAAUUCCGCGGCCAGUUAUUCAAAAACUCUGAAAACUCGACGCAGCGCAUUGCUGGAUGGGAAUGAAGUAGAUGAUGAUGAUUGGCUAAUUGAUGAUUUAGGUCCAGAAUGCAAAAAAAGACGUUUUCACACCCCUAUUAAAGAAGCAGCAUCGACCUCUAAAGAAAACUUACACACCGAUUCAACAAAUUCUAGUUGGAGUGCAGAUACGAUGUUAGCACCCGAUGAUGCUUUUCAGGUGCUUUUGGAUGCAUCAGCCGGUACCACAAAGCAACAACGUCAAAAACAAGUGCGCAAAUUACGUUUGUCCGGUUCAUCCAAUAUUAGUACCAGUUCGAAUUUGCCAAAUAGUAAACAAAGUAAAACAAAGCAACAGUCAUCGCUGCUUGAUAAUGGUUUUUGUCGCUUUCGCAGUGAAAGUCCCAGAUUUGGCGAGGAUUCCCUUGAUGUGGCGCCAGGCAAUUCAUUUACAAACGAGGCAGAUUCAACGACAACAUCCAUACAUUUACUGAUAUCUCCCUCGAAGUCGUCACCAAUUAAAGUACAAAGCACACAAGUUAUUCCAACAACUGUUUCAUUUAAGAUUAAAGUAGAGAAUGAAUUGUUGUUAGUGCCAAUUGAACGGAAAAAGCUAAACGAUAUUAAUAUACGUUGGUUGGCUGAGGAGGCGGCAAGACGUUAUUAUAACUUGGUGGGAUUAAAGCCGGUGCUGCGUUUGAAAACUGCGGAUGGAUUUGCAUACGAAGAAAAUGAUUCGGUAAAUGUGGCGCUUGAGCAGAAUAUGAUUUUGGCAACUGUGCUGGACUGGCAGAUAUCACCACUUGCGCAGCGCUACGAAGAAAUGUGCCAUCAGCUGAAGAAAGAUGUAAAUAGCGAGAUUUUGUCUGCUUUGGAACAAACUCAAACAACUAAUGUUAUUUGUCUCACUGACUCUUGGUUACUGCCAUCAAUCACCGAACCUAUCUUCAAGGCAGUGCUGCAUCAGGCCAAUCUGCGCGUCAUUAAUUUAAAGAAUAAUUUUAUACAAAACGAGGGCUGUCGACAGUUAGCCAAAUCUAUACCAACACUAAAACAGCUGAAAACGCUGAAUUUGCAAGGUAACUUUAUAACUUCGGAGGGGGUAGACGUUUUGCUUUCAACGCCAGGUGGGCUUGAGGAACUAGAAGAAUUAAGUUUGAGUCAAAAUCCAUUAGGGAAUGCCAGUUUACGUAUCUUAGAACGAUUUUGCAACAGUAGUGCCGGAAAGUCACUACAACAACUUUCGCUAUCAAAUUGUAAUAUAACGAAUUUGCACGACCAUGAUCUGGCUUUCUACCAAUUGAGUGCAAUUGAUAUUAGUUACAAUCAACUCACUAAUGAUUCCUUGCGUCAACUGUUAACCAAGUUGAAUGCAUCCCGUUUAAGAGAGUUAAAUUUAAGCUAUACGCAAAAAAGUUCAUGUGCGGAUGAGCGUAACUCCGGCAUGAAUGCCGAAUAUAUUACGUCCUUCUUCGAGAGUGGCACAUGCGAGAAAUUUCGACGUAUCCAACUUUGUGGCUGCCAUCUUAGUGAUAUGAACAUGUAUAAAAUAACUGAAAAUCUGCAAAAGGCGUGCGAUUUAGAUUUGCUCGCAGUGAGUGGCAAUGCAAAAUUAAGCGGUGCUGCCUUGCAAAUGGUGUUUUGCAAAUUGCCACAGUUGCGCAAGUUGUGCGCGGUGAAUUGUAUGCACUUAGUGGAUGACGAACGCUUGGAGAAGAUGGAGCAGCUAAAACAAAUACCAAGUUUUAUCUCGUUAACAAUAGCAGACAACUACGAUGAAUAUGAGCGACGCUUGCGCAGUCUGUGGCAAUUGCAUUGGGGCGAGAAAGCACACAUAAAAUCCUAUUCUGAUUGUUUGUUGUUGUACAUUAAUGAGAAGGAUCUCCAUCAGCAUUGGUAAUAAAUGGUAAAAGGAACUUUACAUGGAUUUAUUAGGAAUUUUAUGGGAGUUAUUCUGUUAAAUAUUUGGCAUUGUUACGAAAUAGAUUACGCACUUUUGUAAACAAGAUUUUUAACAAUUAAAUUUGUAAAUAUAUGUAUGUAUGUAUGUGUGUAGUUUAAAAAAUCAACUUUUAUCAGUUUUCUUUAAGUAAAUAAUA